AACUAAUUAAUUAACUUCAAUUAAAAGAUUAGAUAUAGCACCAAUCAACAUUUUGAAAGAAUAAUAGUAAUUAAGAUUAAAAAUUUAUAAUAAAUGAGGGUCAAUAGAAACAAAGAAAAUUAGUAUAAUCCUUAAUACCUAAGUCCAAAUGAUUACAAUUAAUACAAUAAUGCUUUUGCAACUCCUUACAACCAACAGGAAUAUUAAUAUGUCACUCCUACCCCAGGUAAUGAUACCUAUUACUAAACAGACAAACUCUAUACAUAAAAUGAAUAGCCUCUUAAGUUAAACACAUAAAGACAAAAUAGUGCUAAUCAUUCCGAUUCUUAAUCGGUUUCCUCGAGGUAAUCACCUUUGAGAAAAACUCUCAAUGAUUAUGAGUGGGCUAACCCUGGAUAAUUAGGUGCUGGGUCUUAUGGUGUUGUAAGACUGGCAUAUGAUAAAUACACAAAAGAGAGAUUUGCUAUAAAAAUUAUGCAAAAGUCUUAAAUUUUUAAAUUCUGCACCAUUGAUAAUUUGAAAAGAGAAAUCAAAAUUUAAAAAAGAAUGGUCCAUCCUAAUAUCUGUAAAUUAUUUCAUUAUUUUGAAGAUAAACAAAAUGUUUAUCUUGUACUGGAGUAUGCCCAAAGAGGCAACCUUUUCAGCGUUCUCAAAAAAGCUAAUAAAAUGGAUGAGUCUGUAGCCUUCUGGUAUUUCUAUUAGACCUGCUUAGCUAUUGACCAUUUGCAUCACAACCAAAUUAUUCAUAGAGAUCUAAAACCUGAGAAUCUUCUUGUAGACUAAGGGAACAAUAUUAAAGUUUGCGAUUUUGGAUGGAGUGCUGAAAAUUCUAAUAAUUAAAUAAGAACAACAUUCUGUGGGACAGUUGAUUACAUGGCUCCUGAAAUGGUUAAGCGCUCGACUUAUGAUCAUCGUAUUGAUAUCUGGUCUUUAGGGGUUCUACUAUUUGAGUUAGUUCAUGGAUACGCUCCUUUUUAAGGAAAUAACCAAAACUAAAAGUUAGAUAAUAUAAGCAAAAAUAAGCCUAUCUAAUUUAGACCUAACCUCGAAUUCGAUUUGGUAGAUCUGAUUAAAAAUAUUUUACAGCCUAACCCUGAGUAUAGACUUACAAUGGCAUAAAUAUUUGACCACCCAUGGAUGAUGAGACAAUAUAAGAAAAUGAAUAUUGAUAUUAAUCAAGUGCUUUAAUAAUAAGAAGCAAGAAUCAACCAUCCGAGCUCUAUGAAUUCAUUUAGUAGCUUUGGAAAUUUAGAUACCACUCUUAAAGAAAGAGUCAACAGAGCUUAAACACUAAAUAAUGAUAGAUCAAGGAAUAACUCUAACCAUUCUCAUGACUAUAAAAAGUAGAAUACCGACUAAACGGAUAAAAAGCGUACCUACUCUUCAAAUAAUAGAUAAAAGGGCUAUGCUUUCUAAGGCAUAUAAGAAGUAGAGGAGCCCUCUCUUAUGCACAGUGGUGUCUAUGAAAAAAUAAAGCUAAUGAACAAUAGAAAAGUAUAGUAAUAAGAAGAAGAAGAAACUUUCUUUGACAAAAUAAUGAUUGCCUUCGGGUGUAUCUCAAGAGAUAAAUCCAAAAAGAAAUGA